AUGAAAGCUGAGAGUUCGAAAGUCACUAAGAGACGUCUGUCUUCAGAAACACUCGAGCUGAUACGCCAGCAUGGAAUCGCACGAGCUGCUGGUAACCGCGAACUAGUGUCCGAACCUGCAAAACAAUGCAGACAGGCGAUAAAACAAAAUCUUAAAAAGAGAAGAGCUGCAGUAAUGUUCGAAGCUGCAGAGGCCGGAAAAAUCAUUCGCUAA